AUGGCAUCAACACCACCGCCGCCGUCACCUUCCAUGCUUCGGGAACCUCGAGCUCCGCGCCAUGGCCCUAAAUAUGACAAUUAUGAACCAUAUCCUACACGUUCUUCCACCAGACUUGCAAAUCAACGCAUGGCAAAGGUUCCCCGGACUACGCCACCACCAAGCCACCCAAGCGUAUCUACGAAAACUGGAACAGCUAAAAGAACUCUUUCGCCCUCUUCGCCUGGGACUGUGAAACCUUCGCCUAAAAAAGCUGCCCGCACCCAUCAAUCUUCCUCCUCUCGCGUCUCUCCAUUCGACUCAGAACCUUCACAUCCCCGCACUUCUGCACACCAGUCUUCCCGUUCAUCUGCAGAACGGGCUUUACCCACACCUGCGAAAACUCCUUCAAGGAAGAAGGAAAUCAAUUCUGGCUCUAUUACUUCUCGUGCUCUUUUCCCUCCAAGCUCUACUUCCAAGCGCAGAAAGAUGGAAUCUUCCGAUCAACUGGACGAGCCCCACCCCUUAUCGUAUGAGCCUUUCAAAGUUCAUUCUGAUCGCGCUCUGGGAGAGAAAUUGGGCCGUGGUGCCUCUUCUUCGACUGCCAUCUCCAUUCAUACUGAUGCACGUGAUCAAAUCCCCGUGACCGAUAGUUCGAAGGGCAACCCAUUCACCAAGCCUGAAAGCUCUGCUGCUAGAAGACCAGCGACUCGCUCGACUACCGCCCACGAUGAGGGAGCUUGGUAUGUUUGCCGCGGCAAGAAGAUUUACCGGCCCUUUGAUGAAAUGGAGGAUGAAGGCGAAGAUGAAUCUGAUCUCGGCCUCUUCGCUAGUCGCCCUGACCUUCUAGCCAAGAACUCUGACUGCUUGAAGGGUAUCAAGCCUUUGAAACGUAGCGACAUCAAGCCCAAAGUUCUCUUCCGUCUUGAUGACAAGCCUCUUAACGACGCCGAGGUUUUGGAAAACGAAGAAGAUGUUACCGAUGUCGAGGACAACGAGGUCGUAUCUCCCUCUCCUAACCAUGCCACUUACACCUAUGACAACGACCCUGUGGAGCCCGAAGGCUCUGACCUUGGUGGUGGUAGCGGCCUGCGCUACCCUCUUUCGGUUGGUAGCGAUGUUGCGUCCCUUUAUAGUGGAACCCCUUUCUCCGAGGACCUUCGUUCCCCUUCCCACUGUUCUACACUGAGCCAAUCCCUCACCGGUGUGACUCCUUUCCCCCGGGAACUCCGUGCCAAUUCCCAGGGCUCCGGCACUGGAGGAAGCCUUUUUGACUACUGGACAGCCGCCAGGAAGACUCGGGCCCGCCAGCUGGAGACCCCCGCUGACCGCACAAAGCGCCACCGGGAAGCCCGCGGCAGUCCCCAUCCCCGCACCCGGAUGGCCAAGCGCGCCGAGGCCUCUGCUGCCCUGGCUUCAGCCGAGGAGGCGCCCAGCACCGAUGUCUAG